AGACCUCGUCUGGCACGUCCCUUUUCGAACGUGAGCCAUUCUUUGGACCGUGUCUGCAAAUGAGCAUGCCUGGGUAUUCGUCUCCGCAUGGCAACAGGCGACUUGGUCGCGACCUCGGACGGCCUACUGCCAAAGUCUUUGAGCUAUCAGGACCCCCGAGAGCCUUUGCCCAUCGCGAUCUGCAUCGGACCUGGCUUUCGGGAAUUGGCCGCAGUGCGCCUUUCAAUUCUCAGAUGGUGCAAGAUGGUGCAAUUCACAGCACAAGUUUCAGGACACCCACCAGGCACCAUGCAGCAAUGAUGACACCUUCAGAUGCAACGCGAGUGUCAUUCGACAGAUCCGACCUACUACAACACUGGAAACCAAGUUUUCUUUUUGCCAGUUGCCAUACUUGCUCAAGAUGACUACGGGACCUGCUUGCAUCUUGCGAGCCAUCAAGAGUCACUACCAGCUCACGCACGACUACCCGCAUCCCAUUGCAUCUGCAGACGAAGUUCUCAUCCACAUUGAGGCAAUUGGGCUGAAUCCAAUCGACUGGAAGUCCAAUGCUUACGGCUUUGGUGUCUACUCCUUCCCCUGGAUCAAUGGCAGAGAAGCAGCUGGUACAGUUCUUGCUAUUGGCACAAAUGUUGGCACGAAUCGUGUUGCCGUGGGCGACCGUGUUCUCGUGGCUUCCUCAAACUACCGGGAUUGUCGCAGCUCGUCCUUUCAAGAACGAUGCGUUGCCUUGCCGGAGAAUAUUGCGCGCAUCCCAGACUAUAUGUCUUUUGAAGAAGCAGCUACGUUGGGCGUUGGCUUGAUUGCCGGUGCCGCUGCGCUGUUCGACAACUUCAAGCUGCCUUUUACAAAACCCAGCCAAACGCCUCAAGAAACAUUGCUCAUCUGGGGCGGAGCCUCGACUGCUGGUCUUGUGGCUUUGCAACUUGCCAAGCAAGCAGGUUUACGUGUCCUCACCGUCUCAUCCACCAAAAACUUCUCCUAUCUCAUUCAAUAUGGUGCUGAUUUGACGCUCGACCGCCAUACGCCAGAACAGGUGGUUGAAGUGGCUCAUCGGUAUGGUGUACGCUAUGCAAUCGACUGUGUGGGUGCGGAAACCACUGCAUUUGCUGCACGCGCCGUUGCACCGCUUGGUGGGACCGUUGUGGGUCUUGUCAAGCUUCCAAGUCAAGAGAAUUUACCUGCUGGUGUCACGGCAGAGACGAUCUUGAUCAAGCGGUUCCAUGAAGAUCGGGUAUAUGGCGAUACUUUGAUGCGGUUGACUGAAGAGCUCUUGAAGCAAGGCAAGCUCCGUGCUCCUCGCAUCAGACUCGUCUCUGGUGGCUUGGCAGGUAUUCCACAGGGUCUACAACUACUCCAGGACAACCAAAUUUCUGGGGAAAAGGUGGUUGUCAAGGUAUCUGAAACUCCGCGGCCUGCCCAAGCAAGUAGCCAUGUUGGGUCUGCUUCUGGAACGACUGCAGUGGCGCGAUCACGGCCAGGCACACCAAAAGUAGAACAUGUUCAACGACAGAGUCUGACUGUUUAGAUGAUAUUUAGAUUACUUUCAAUGCUAUUCUGAUGGAGCAUUUUCCUAUCAAUCCAUAUCAACACACAUACACUAA